AAGAAACGGUGUCCACAGCUUUAGGGGAAUAAAAAUAGUGAAUAGGAUCUUUCAAUAUAGCUCCAGCUGAGAGAGAAUGGAAAGAAAAAAAAGAGCCAGCAGAAGACUACACAUGAGUCUUAUCUGUCUCAUUUGAAUCUUUCUCUAUACAUAAUCCACACGUACAGUUUACAUAUUCCUUUAUAUACAUAUAUAUAUAAAUAGCUACUCUCGUAGUUAUAUUUUCACAUCUUGUAGUAUUGAAUAUUUAUUUACCCUACAAUCAAUAAUGGGUAUGAAUUAUUAUCUUCUUUUCCUUGUUCAUUUUUUGGUGAGUUUGAGCUUGAGCUUGUUAGUUGGUGGGAGUGGUAGUGGUAAUAGUGAAUAUCAUUAUAAAUUGAGAGAGAAAAUCAAAGCAGAGCAAGAGGCGGACCGAGUGGUGGGAUUGCCGGGGCAGCCUCCGGUGAGUUUCAACCACUACGCCGGAUAUGUAACCGUCAACCAAACUCAUGGAAGAGCCUUGUUCUAUUGGUUCUUUGAAGCCAUAAACCAAUCUCAACACAAACCUCUCCUCUUAUGGCUUAACGGAGGACCUGGGUGUUCAUCCAUUGGUUUUGGAGCAGCAGAAGAACUAGGGCCUUUCUUUCCUCAAAAAGGCAGCAAACCUAAGCUAAAGCUCAACCCUUACACAUGGAACAAUGCUGCCAAUUUAUUGUUUCUGGAAUCUCCUGUUGGAGUUGGAUUUUCUUACACCAAUACCAGCAGUGACAUUGAUAAACUUGGCGAUACAAUUACCGCGAAGGACUCGUACAAUUUCCUAGUCAAUUGGUUUAAAAGAUUUCCUCAAUUUCAGUCCCAUAAAUUGUAUAUUGCUGGAGAAAGCUAUGCAGGACAUUAUGUUCCCCAGUUGUCCGAGGUCAUUUUUGACCAAAACAAGCGCGUGGCAGAGAGAAAUUACAUAAAUCUUAAAGGCUUCAUGGUAGGGAAUGGUCUAAUGGACGACGAAACAGAUCAGAAAGGAAUGAUCGAAUAUGCAUGGAACCACGCAGUGAUAUCCGAUAGGCUAUACGAUGGGAUUAAGAAGAAAUGCAAUUUCAGUGAUCCAGAUUCACAAGAUGAUGAUAAUAACAAGUGCAGUAUUCUAUUGAACAAGUAUUUUGAUGUGUAUAAGAUCAUUGACAUGUACAGCUUAUACAGUCCCAAAUGUGUCGUCAAUAACACCACCACUACUAACCAAUUCCCUGUUUUCCAACGCUUUCGCACUAACCAUUUAUUUUCUGAAUCUCGUGGGUGGCACAAGAGGCCAGCAGGAUACGACCCAUGUGCAUCGGAUUACUCAGAGGCAUAUUUUAAUAGGCCUGAUGUCCAAGCUGCAUUGCAUGCCAAUAUCACUAAAAUUCCCUAUCCAUGGACUCAUUGCAGCGAUAAGAUUCAGUUUUGGAAGGAUGCCCCGACUUCGGUACUUCCUAUAAUUAAAAAGCUUAUUGCUGGAGGGCUUCGCAUUUGGGUUUACAGCGGGGAUACUGAUGGGAGAAUUCCAGUCACAUCUACUAGAUACACAUUGACAAAGCUGGGACUACAAAUAACUCAAGAUUGGACUCCUUGGUACAACAGUAAACAGGUCGGAGGUUGGACAGUUGAGUACAAGGGGCUAGAUUUUGUGACCAUAAGAGGAGCUGGUCAUGAAGUUCCUCAAUUUGCACCAAGGCAGUCCCUUAUGCUGAUUGAGCACUUCUUGACCAAUACGAAAUUGCCAGCUAAACCAUUUUAACAUUUCCUUUAAUAUUCAUUCACUGUAUUUUUCUUUUUUUAGGAAAAUUGAAAAACCAAAUAAAGGAUUGUUGGAUAGAAUCAAAUUGUUCCAAAUCAUCAAAUGGUGUCUGUUUAGCUA